GAGGGCGGGCAGGCGGCUGCUAGGCGCGAAGGGAGCGGGCCGGGGCCCAGCCGUGCGCAGGGGCCGCUGGCAGGCCGGAGCCGCCCGCACCCGUUCGGAACGAGCGAGGCGGGGGCGCCGCAGCAGCCCCGGCCCCGGUGCCCGCCCUGUGCCGCCCUCGCUGACGGAGCUCCGGCCCGGGGUUCGCUGCCGCCGCGGCGCGCAGGGCCCGGCGCUGCCUGCGGGGGCUUUUCUUCCGGCAGCGCCGGUGUUGGCGGCCGGGGGCGGGCGGCCCCGCGCCCCCUGCGAGGAGAAGCGCCUGUUCCGCGUUAGGAUUCCAACAGGAAAAUUUUCUUGACCCUGUGUCUGGGUAACUCUUGAGGAUGGCAAGCAAAGGACCCACGACUUCUGCAUCAACAAAGAACUCCAGUACCGGAGGGACCAGUGGCAGCAGUAGCAGUAAUGGUGCUGGGGACAAUGCUAAUCAGGAUAACACUUUUGAAUGUAACAUCUGUUUAGACACUGCCAAGGAUGCAGUUAUCAGCUUGUGUGGACAUCUCUUCUGUUGGCCUUGUUUACACCAGUGGCUAGAAACCAGGCCAAACCGACAAGUGUGUCCUGUGUGCAAAGCUGGAAUCAGUCGAGAUAAAGUUAUUCCUCUGUAUGGAAGAGGUAGCACUGGGCAACAGGACCCCAGAGAAAAAACUCCACCACGACCCCAAGGACAGAGACCUGAACCAGAGACCAGAGGGAUGACUUUAUCCGCCACCUUAAUUAGAGUCCCCCUGGGAUUCCAGGGCUUUGGGUUUGGGGAUGGUGGCUUCCAAAUGUCAUUUGGAAUUGGGGCGUUUCCCUUUGGUAUAUUUGCAACAGCAUUCAACAUAAACGAUGGGCGACCUCCUCCAGCUGUUCCAGGGACUCCUCAAUAUGUGGAUGAGCAGUUCCUAUCCCGCCUCUUCCUGUUUGUGGCUCUGGUGAUAAUGUUCUGGCUGUUGAUUGCAUAAAUCUUUCCCAUUAUUCUAUAUAUUCAUGGCCAUCAAGGCCACUGAAACAGUUAGAAACUGCAUCCCCAUCCCAUUUUAAACCUCUUGGUGUCUGGUUCCUUAGCUAACUAUGGGCUUCAGGAAUUGGUGGUACCACAGCACAAUGAGGAAUCUCACAUUUUGCACCAGAGUUGGAAAUUAAACAUUGGUUAAAAAGCAUAUUUCAGCUCAGCUAUCUUGUACAACAGGUUCCUGCCACAAACCGUGGGUCUAGCUUUGAGCUCCACUCCUAAAAGGAGUGCUGCUUUAAAAUCCUACGCCGAUCAGUGACACCGGGUUUAUGGGAAACAGUUGCCCCAAGGUAGACUGGGCAGGUAAGGAAACUUCUGCAGUGUGAUCAGUAUCUCGUGCUUGGCACCUGUGAUGAUCUGCCAGAGCUGCGGAUGUUAUUUAAUGUCUUUACAUCAACACCCAGCCUUCUUCAGGAAAUCAUCUGCAGCACUGCUGAGACCUUUUGGGCACAGCACAUAAUGCAAAUGGAACCAGGUUUGGAGACUGGUUUAUUUUCUUGCUGUUAGUUCCUGGCGUGACGGAAAACCCCUCCUGAAGCAGUUCUAAUGUCUGUUAGAAGAAGGGAUACAAAUUUAUGCUGCAUUUUUUUUAAAGCCUGAUUUGCUGGAGCCAGACACUGGAAGAUUUUCUCCUCGUGGACCUGGGUGGGAUUGCCGAACAGUACAACGCACCUGUCUGCCUCCCCAGCCCAGUUCCUCACUGACAAAACAGUGUUGUCUUCCUCGGUUCUGCACAGCAGCCUGUGGCUGCGCUCAUGGAUAAUCCCCUCCCAACCUUGUCACUGUAGCUACAUUUGUUCUUCCGCAAAGCUUUGAGACUUUCUGCGCAAGGUCAUGUGCUCCGAAUAAAAUCCUAUUACAGAUCUGAGAUCAGCUUGUUUGGGGAAAGGAACAAAAAGGCAUCUUUACGUGAGUUUUGAGGUUAAACUUCUCAUACUAUAAAAUUAUACAGGAGGAAAAAUCCUGCCUUUGCUAGCACUUGCCACAGUAGGGAGCAUUUGGAAGAACUUCUCUCUACAGGUGCAUACAGCUACUCCAUGCCACAGCAGAAUGGCUGCAGUGCAAGAGUCUCUGCAGUAUCUACCAAAGAUACUAAUUUGAAGUGCUGGAGGGGACCACAACCAUUUCUGUGCUGAGGGGAAAAUAUUUCAGAAGGUGAGCACUGUAGCCGUUUUUGAAUCCUGUUGGGUAUACAGCUUUAAAGAGUAUUUCUGAUGUAUUUGUGUAGAUUCCUUCAGAACAACAGAUAUGAGAGAUUCCAUAGCAAGAUGAACAGUUUUCAUAUUUCUCUGACUUGGCAAUUACAUUUUUUUCUCUUACUGUUUUUAGAUUAUUUUGAUUCAGAUCGCUGGUAGUCAUAAUGAUUUCCUGCCAGAUUAAUAUUGUGACUUCCUUGUCAAUAGACAGACAACUGACAAAACAAAUCAACUCAUAGAAACAUUGUUUAGGUAGCUAGGGUUUUCUAGUGUAUGGAUGAGGUUCCUGGGCAGGACACCUUAAUUGUUGUAGAAGCUUAUUUAUAUAAUUAUAAACUGUUCACUUUUAGUAUCAAGACAGAGGGUUACUGAAGUUUAACUUGCCUACCUCCAAAUUCCAUCUGGCAAGUAGACUUUUGCAAAGCUUCUGCAGCGUUUUGCCACAUCUAGUCAAUCUGGCAGAAUAUAUUGCUCAACUAUAAACAGUUGAAGUGGUGCUUCAACUUCUGUUGUGUGGCACUUUUGAGAAGCUUAACUUCUUCUGCAUAUGGUUCUUCUCAAGUGCAUGACUCGGUAACUAGGACCCUUUCUAGGAGAAAGGCUAUUGCAUUCUUAAAAGCAACUGGCUGUAGUACAAUGUCGCAGCUUUGACUUACUUUCAUGAGCAGGCAGCACCACCUGCUGAUGAAAAAGGAAAGUUCAUGUGAUGGUAAAGGGAUGGUUUUCAUUCUCCUUUUUGUAUUGAGAAACGAUCCUAAGAGCUGAGGUCAUCCAGGAAGGAGCAGGGUAUCCCUUUAAAGCCUUUUUCUGAUAAAGAGGACAGAAAAGUGUAAUAGGUUAAAAAGAGGUAUUGAAACUGGUAUAACUAACAUGUUUUAAAAUACAGAAUUGUAAUGGCUUGGGGUUUUUUUCUGUUUAUUGGUGAAAGACACCAAUGGCUUUAGAUGGAGGCGGCUGCAGAAACAUGACUGAGAACCCCCAUUUUCCAGCAAUCCAAGAAUGAAAUAGUCUAAAAGUGUUAAUGCUUUUGUUUCUACCUUUUUCUUGGUGUGCUUUUUGUAUCGUACCACUCCCCCCCUUGUACUCAGACUGCACACGGCCUAUAAUGGCUUGUCUAGUGCGUUACCAUUACUGUUCACUAAUUUUCACUGUUGUGAAAGUGAUUUAGAAUUAAAAAAAAAAAAAAAAAUGGUUUUACAUUAA